AGUGGUAGAGAGGAGUUCAUUGCACAGCCAUACAAUAGUUCACCGCGGAGCCAAUACCUGACCCAAGGGCAUCCACACUUCCACGGCUGUGCGGACCUGCUUCGAGCUGCCAUGAGAAAGGCCUGCGCGUCUGCCGAAGCUUGAAGGGAUCCUAGUGCUACUUGGCAAAGCUAGCUGGUUUUGGCCCGCUUUUGCUCCUGCCGUUGCCGUGCUGCCUUAGGGAAAUGGCGGGGUUUCUUGGCACGGUAGUUGACGCAGCAAUAGGAUGGAUGGUGCAAAGCAUCCUCGGCAGCUUCUUCACUGGACAGAUGGAAGCCUGGACUCGUGAAGUCGGGCUUGCUGAAGAUGUGGACAAGCUCAAGUUUGAGAUGAGGAAAGUGGAGAUGGUUCUUGCUGCUGCCGAGGGAAGGAAGAUUGACAACAAGCCUCUGGCCCGGUCACUGGAUGAUCUCAAAGAGCUGAUCUAUGACUCAGAGGACGUGAUGGACGAGCUCGACUACUACCGGAUCCAGCAACAGAUCGAACAAGGGAAUGGUUCUAGUCUUCCUAGUGGUUCUAAUCCCGAGGGAAGCCAUGCGUCAUCAUCCGCUCCAUCUUCCGCUUUUGAAUUGGUAUACAAUGCCACAAGUCAAAUAACUAGUUGGGCAUCAUGUGACAGAAAAAGGAAACGUGAAAACGAGGGGCCAGCUCAUAGCACAAUCAUAACUUUUGAGGUUAAAGAUGACAUUUCUAAGAGGAUCAAUAUAAUAGUGAAUCAUUUAUGCACUAUUGGAGAUUCUGUACAAAGAGUUCUUCAGCUUGUGAUUGCUCACCCCAUUGCAACACCAAGUCAGAGUCAGAUUAUUGCCAGGAAUGCCCGCAUGACAACCUCUGUUCCAGUUGAACGUAAGGUAUAUGGGAGGGAUGCAGAGAGAGACAGGAUAAUAGAGUUGUUGAUAAACAGGGGAUCUAAUGAUCUGAAUGUUUUGCCAGUGGUUGGCAUUGGUGGUGUUGGGAAGACGACACUUGCUAGAUAUGUAUAUAGUGAUGAAAGAGUUUCAGGUCAUUUCGAAUUGCAAAUGUGGGUUUGUGUAUCCACGGACUUCAGUGAAAGAAGGAUUACACUUGAGAUACUAGAACAUGUCUGUAAAGAUAGACGAGAGUAUGAAAAUAUAAGCAAUUUCAAUGUACUACAGGAGAUCCUUUUGAAGUACAUCGGAAAUCAAAGAUUUCUACUUGUAUUAGAUGAUGUGUGGGAAGACAGGGACAGGAGGGGAUGGGAUGAACUGUUAGCCCCAUUGAGACGUAGUCAAGUAACUGGCUGCAUGAUUUUAGCAACAACCAGAAGAAAAUCUGUUGCAAAAUUGCUAGGAACAAUGACUGAAGUUGAAUUGAACGGUCUUGAUGAACAGGAGUUUUGGCUUUUAUUCAAGGCAUAUGCAUUUGGUAAUGAGAACUACGAGGGUCAUCCUAGUUUGCAAUCUGUUGGCAAACAGAUUGCUAAAGCACUAAAGGGAUGCCCACUAGCUGCACAAAGUGUUGGUGCACUUUUGAACACAAGUGUUAGCUAUAAGCAUUGGAGGACAGUUCAGGACAAAUGGAAAUCUCUUCAAGAAGAUGCUGAUGACAUGUUACCAAUCUUGAAGCUCAGUUAUGAUUAUCUACCAGUCCACCUUCAGCGUUGUUUCUCAUACUGCUCUUUGUUUCCAGAGGACUACAAAUUUUAUGGUGAAAAAUUGGUCCAUGCUUGGAUAUCACAAAAUUUUGUGCGGUGUCAAGACCCUACCAUGAGGUUGGAGGAAACAGGGAAUCAAUAUUUGGAUAGAUUAGUGGAUUUGGGUUUCUUCCAAAAGGUUGGCUCACACUAUGUUAUGCAUGACCUAAUGCAUGAAUUGGCAGUGAACGUUUCAUUAAACGAGUGUGCUACCAUACAUGGAUUGAAAUCUGAGGAAAUUCGCCCAACUGUUCGCCAUUUAUCAAUCAUAACUCCUGCUUUUAAAGAUAAAGCUGUCCAUGGUCCCAAUGAGAAGUUUGACAAAGUCAUACAAAAGGUUAGGUCUUGGCACAAAUUGAGGACUUUGAUGUUGUUUGGGGAAAGCACUGAAAAUUUCUUAGAGUCCUUGCGUACUUUGUGCAAGGAGGCAAAAUGUUUACGGCUCCUAAGUGUGAUGCAUGCUGACAUAAGUUCUAUAAACAAUUUCUUAAGUCCAUGCCAUCUUCGUUAUGUAUCAGUAUCCGGACUCCAUCUCAAGCAGUUUGCUGGUCAACCUUUGACAAGAUGUUAUCAUCUUCAAGUAUUGGAUGUGGGCAUUUCCAGAAUGUUUGAAGUACCUACUGGUAUGAAUAAUCUCAUUUAUCUGCGCCAUCUUAUUGCUCAUGAGAAAGUGCACCACGCAAUAGCUUGUGUUAGCAACAUCACCACUCUACAGGAAUUAAAAUUUAAGGUUCAAAAUGUUGGCAGUUUUGGGAUAGGACAACUUGAGUCCAUGAAUGAGCUUGUAUUACUUGAAAUUUCUCAACUUGAAAAUGUGAAGACUGAAGAAGAGGCGAGGGGGAGCAGCCUUAUAGACAAAGAGUAUCUAAAAACAUUGUCCUUGUCAUGGGAGGAUAGCAGCAUGAGCCUUCAACCUGAGGCAGCAAAGGAUGUGCUUGAAGGUCUUCAACCACAUCAGAACCUCAAAACUCUUAAAAUAACUGGAUAUGGCGGUACCUCGCCAACCUGGCUUUCCAGUACUUUCUCAAUUAUCUCACUUGAGAUACUUCAUCUAGAGAAUUGCAGGGAAUGGCGAAAUCUUCCAAUUCUUGAAAUGCCUUUCCUCAGAAAGCUGACAUUGAUCAAGAUGUUGAAUGUAAUUGAAAUCUCGGUUCCUUCUUUGGAAGAGUUGAUCUUGACCGAUAUGCCAAAAUUGGAAAAAUGUAUUGGUUCUUAUGGAAUGGAAUUGUCUUCCCAUCUAAAGGUUUUAAUGAUUAAGAACUGCCCUCAACUGAAUGAGUUCACUCUUUUCCAGAGUUACUCUUCUUUCGACGCUGAGCAGAAGUCAUGGUUUCCAUCUCUCAAGAAACUCUCCAUCCAUAAUUGUCCUCAAAUAAUCAAGUGGGAGUUGCUUCCACUGAGAGAAAUGGUGGUCCUGAAGGAGUUGGAGUUGAUGGAUCUACAUGUUGUGAGAGAGUUGGUAGUCCCUUCUUUGGAGAAGUUAAUGUUGAUUAAAAUGCCAAACCUGGAAAUUUGUGGCAGUCUAACAGCUUCUCCACCUCUUCAAUUUUUACCGCCUCAAGAAGAUCAAAAGAGAUGGUUACCUAGUCUCCGUACACUCACCAUCCAUGAUUGCCCUUGUUUGACAGUCUCACAUCCUCUCCCGCCUUCUGCUCUGAUAUCUGUGUUGUCCAUCAGGGGAGUUCCGACAGUUCCAAAAAUGAGAUUAACGGGUGGAUGGUUCACUAUCGAAUCUAAUGAGUUGACUGUGCUGGAUGACCGUACCUUGGCAUUCCAUAACCUUAGGGGCAUAACAUGGCUGCAUAUAAUAAGUUGUCCAAACCUGGUAUCUCUUUCAAGUGAAGCUUUCAGCCAGCUCAGUGCCUUAGCGAGUUUAAAUAUAUGCGACUGCCCAAAUCUGGCCAAGUUAAACAUUAUGUCAGAGGUUAUCCAGGAAAACAGUAGGUCUACAAGAAGCCUUCUGCUACCAUCACUCAAAUCGCUCGUCAUCAGCACAUGCGGCAUAACAGGGAGCUGGCUAACACAAAUGCUUUCACAAACGCAGUCCCUUGAGAGUUUGCUAUUAAAUGACUGUCCAGCGGUAAAGUUUCUAUCAAUCAGUGAACCUACAGAAACCGAAGGGACCUGCAGUUUGGUUUCAGGAGUGAUGACGUCAGCCCAAGAUGAAUAUCAAUUGAAAGUGCCAUAUAAUCUCUUAUGUUCUCUCAAGAGUUUAUAUAUUGAGCAGAGUCCAGAUCUGGAGUUCUGUGGGGGUAAGCGAGACUUCCUAGGAUUCACCUUUCUUACGGUGCUAAUACUUGAUGGUUGCCCCAAGCUGGUCUCAUCAUUGGUGGGUCACAUGGGUGAAAGUAAAGAUGAUGCUAGCGUGGAAGCUGGAUUACUCCCACCAUCACUUGAAGUCCUUUGGAUCAGUUAUCUCCCAGAAAACUUGCGGUCCUUCAUUCCUGAAGGUCUAAUCCACCUCAAAAAGUUAAGUCUAGUAAAUAGCCCCUAUCUGAAGUCUGUACAGCUGCAUCCAUUUAUUGCCCUACAGGAGCUGCGAAUCUUUGGGUGUGAACAUCUGGCUGUACUCGAUGGCUUGCAAUUCCUCACCUCCCUUCGAAUUUUGGAUAUGGAAAUGAAUCCCGAGCUGUCUUGUGCAUGGGAUCUCAAACUGCAGGAGCGAGAACAGAGUGGCAAUCCAAUUCAGCUGUUUCCCCCGUCACUUGAAAAGCUCAAUAUCCAGAAGCUCACACAUGGGGUCCAGCCCGCUCUCCUGACCUGCCUCCCCACCAUCACCGAAUUAGCAAUAGGGGAAAGUCCAAACUUGACGUCUCUACAGCUGGGAUGCUGCAGGGCACUGAAAGAGCUGGAAAUUAGAAACUGUGGCUUGCUUGCGUCGAUGGAGGGCCUCCAGUUCUGUAGAAACCUGACAUCUCUAAAAGUAUUUAACUCCCCCGGGGUAGGUUCCUUUUUGGAGCUUGUGACGCACCAGCAGGGGGGCUCUGAGAUCUGGUCUGGACUGGAAGGUCUUCAGAUUUCUGACGCUUCUGUCCUUUCCGUGCCCUUGUGCAAACAACUCACAUCUCUAAGACUCCUACAAUUCGGCCCUGGGUUUGGUGAACAGCCAGAGAUCAUGGUGAGCUUAACAGAGGAUCAAGAAAGAGCGUUACAGCUUCUAACCUCCCUCCAAAAACUUGAAUUUCGAAGAUGCCAGAACCUCUUAUUACUUCCUGCAAACCUACAUAGCUUGACCUCCCUUGAGACGCUAUAUAUCUUCAAUUGUAAGAGCAUCACAAGGCUGCCAGACAUGGGCCUCCCAUCUUCGCUCAGAAACCUUCAGUUAUCCAAUUGCAGUGAGGAGCUAGGUGCGCACUGCAGGAUGGCAGCAACGGAAAAGCUUAGCGUCAUGAUUGAUGGUCAGUAUGUCGAUUAAUCAGAAGUGGUUACUUCUAAGCCAUCCGAGAUAUUGUACAUAUUUCUGCACUUGCAGUAACCGGCACAUUCGUGCAACUGCUGCCUACUCAUUUGGCAUUCCGCAAACUACUGUAGUCGCAGUGAUGGAUGGCUGCAGAAAAGAUGGGUGGAAGUGGCAAGCUUUUUUGUUUAUCAGGGACAUUCUGACCUUUCACCCAUUCUUACGUCUCCUGUGGUCAGUGCCUGGCAGUAACUAUCCUAUAGGCUAUAUCUAGGCUUUACCACGGUAUGUAAUUUUUUUUGCCUCUAUAUUUUAUCCUGAUUAGUUUUCUCAAUGGCUCAGUGCCGUAGUUGUUAACUUUCUUUCUCGAUUACUUCCUGACUGAGUGAUGAAAAUAUUCAAGUCUAUUUUAUGUGACCUAAAUACGCACCCCAUCUUCUCCAGUAUCAUUAAAUCCCAUAUGUGCUUAUUGUGAUCUGCACAUACCAACGGUGUUAAGUAGAGACAGCGGUGUUAACUAGAGACAACUUAAUGCUGACAUGCAACUUCUUAUUUUACCCUUUUCUUCUAUUAAUAGCAUUUGACCGUCUCGUUUUUUCUG